AUGAGAGUAGCCCUCCUGGCCUUUAGACUGAUGUGCCUGGCCUGGCUGUGGCCUGUCAGCAGCCACUAUCCAAACAAGAGGAGACACAAGGAGCAGUACGGAGAGAACACCAAACAAAAGCACGGAGGGCGAGUGGAUCUUAAGAUGAAAAAGCUGGACAGCACCAAGUCUCUGCUAAUUAAAUCUGAGCAGCUGCUUCGGAUUGAAGACCAUGACUUUGCAAUGCGGCCUGGAUUUGGAGGUUCGGCUAUUCCUGUCGGCAUCGACGUCCAGGUGGAGAGCAUUGACAGCAUAUCUGAAGUAAACAUGGACUUCACCAUGACUUUGUACCUGAGGCAUUACUGGCAGGACGAUCGCCUGGCCUUCCCCUCCAGCAGCAACAAGAGUCGUACCUUUGAUGCACGUCUCGUGAAAAAAAUUUGGGUUCCAGACGUGUUCUUUGUCCACUCGAAGCGUUCUUUUAUCCAUGACACGACCAUGGAGAAUAUCAUGCUGAGGGUUUUUCCUGACGGCAAUAUCCUCUACAGUGUCAGGAUCACUGUGACGGCACUUUGCUCAAUGGACUUCAGUAGUUUCCCUCUGGACACACAGAGUUGCUCUCUGGAGCUAGAGAGCUAUGCUUACAAUGAGAACGACCUAAUGCUCUACUGGAAGAACGGGAACGAUUCAUUAAGGACUGACGAGAUCGUGCUCUCUCAGUUUUUUAUUGAAGACUUCCAGCCUUCCUUUGGGCUUGCCUUCUACAGCAGUACUGGUUGGUACAAUCGGCUCUACAUUAACUUCAUUCUCAGGAGGCAUAUCUUCUUCUUCAUGCUUCAGACGUACUUCCCCACCAUGCUGAUGGUGAUGCUGUCCUGGGUGUCUUUUUGGAUAGACAGGAGGGCCGUACCUGCCCGUGUCUCUCUGGGCAUCACCACGGUUCUGACCAUGUCCACCAUCAUCACUGGUGUCUCAGCCUCUAUGCCACAGGUGUCUUACGUCAAAGCUGUAGACAUCUACCUGUGGGCAAGCUUCUUGUUUGUCUUCCUGUCUGUCAUCGAGUACGCUGCUGUCAACUAUUUCACUACAGUGGAGGAGAUGAAGAAGCUCAAGAGGGCAAAGAUCCCCAACUCCUUCGAUGCCACCCAGGCUAUGGCGUUCGAUGGCUGUUUCCAUGACAAUGACAUCGACCUGACUCCUUUCCCUGAUGUCUCCAGCACCCCGAACACAGAGAGGAACACCCAGUCUCGAAACUCUACUGUCUCCGGACCAACAGAAGGCACCCGGCUACGCAGCAAGCACCCUGUGAAGCAACACCUCAGCUUCAUUAUGAGCAACAGCUACAUGAUAGACUCCUACUCCAGAGUCAUAUUUCCCCUGGCUUACCUGCUCUUCAACAUCAUUUACUGGAGUUUGUAUGCAUAG